GUCCAAUAGUUUCGUUUUUUCCCACGAGGGUCGAGUGAGGGACACGAUUGUGUUAUCAUGAGUCUCUCCUCGUCACUUUGUUUGCUUCGUUUGAGCAAAAAUAUUAUAGUUCCUUUACAAUAUGCCGUGCAGAUUAAAGGCUACGCGAAGGCAGAUGCCGGUGGUAUGUUCGGGAAGGGGAAAAAGGGAAAGCUCAAACUUAGUCAGCCGUUGGAGAAGAAGGUACUCCCAGUUGAAACAGAUCCUGAAAAACUGGUAAAAUUUGUGUGCGGAAGUAAUAUAAUGAAAGAAGGACGGGACAUUGAGAUUAAGCCAGAUUCUGAAUAUCCUGACUGGCUUUGGGAUAUACACAUUGGCCCACCUCUAAAGCUGGAGGAACUGGAUCCAGAUACGAAACAAUACUGGAGGAAGGUGAAGAAAGCAGCCAUGAGGAGGACCAAUUUGAUGGCCAAGUUGAAACCCUUCUAAUGCUACCUUCGUAGUUUAGUUUAUACUGAUUUCUUAAACAAUGUAAAGAUAGGUAUUACAUUAAGCUCCAUGAAUGUUUGUGUACAGUAAUAGUCAAAAUAAAGACACAUAACU